AUGCGCUUUUCUCCGACCGCCUCCAAUCGCUCACACACGGCAAAGCAGCCAUCUCGUCAGCGUCGGAAGACUGAACUCAAGCGCAAGAAGAGCAGACUUGAUGCCCUUACUCACGGUCGAGUCGCCGGAGGUAGCGCGCGAGAAGGGAGGGUCUACGAAGAUGAUGCGGACGAUAAGAUGGAGGAGAGGUCGGACAUCAAGAACAUGGAAGAGUAA